AUGCAUGAUCCUAAAGUCCAGCAACUCCACAGCCAGAAUUCGAAUAGUAAGAACGUCUCACAUUCGCGCCCAGCAAGUGUUACCGGCCGCUGCGUGACGGGAAACGCCUCAGAAACAGCACUUGAGCUUGUUCUCUUAAUUCCAUACAUGUACGUUAUGAAGUACUUAUACGAUCAAGUAUGGUUAAAGAAAGCUUCUCUGUUAAGAGGGUGUAUAUCGUACUGUCCAGAAAACCGAUACUAUUUUACAUUUGUCCCUCUGGCGUGCGCCGCCAAUCAUAGACGAUCACUCGACUACUCGAUCACAUGA